AUGAAAACUCGAAGGCAGCUGUUCUUAGAAGCUCAAGAAACACAACUUAGAGAAAUACCAAUCGAUCUCCUCGUGGAAAUCUUUUCCCGAGUUCCUGCAACGACAGUAGCAACUUGUCGUUUCGUAUCCAAACUAUGGAGAUCCAUAAUUGACCGUCCGGAUUUCACCGAGUUGUUCUUGACUAUGUCUUGGACUCGUCCACGCCUGCUCUUGUUCUCCUUCCAAAUUGAGGGAUAUAUAUUCUUCUUCUCUUCACCUCAGCCUCAGAAUCCAGAUGAAAACUCUUGUCUUGUGGCCACUUGUUAUCAUGUUCACCAUAUUCAUUCCCCCUCAGAUUAUUCAACUGGAUUUGGUUCUCCUCUUGGUGGAUUCAUCUGUCUUCAAGAAAGGAGAGUGUCCAUGGUUAUUUGUAACCCCGUCACGGGAGUAUCCGUGUCCUUACCCAAAAUGGAGUCCAAGAGUGUUAAUACUUACGCAAAACCUUUUUUAGGAUAUGAUCCUAUCGACAAACAGUUCAAAGUAUUGUGCACCAAGGUCGAUACAAAACACACUAGUUAUGAGCAGCAUGAAAUUAUGACACUGGAGAAUGGAAAAUAUCUGUGGAGAAAAAUCCAAUGCGAACCCCAUUAUCCUAGAUCUAAUGGAAUAUGCAUAGAUGGUAUUUUGUAUUAUACAGCUAGCGUGAAUCCUUGGAUGGAGGUUUCCAUGGUAGUACUCUGCUUUGAUGUUAGGUCCGAGAGGUUUAGAUUUAUCAACAUAGAUGGAGGAGCCUCAUGGAUGUUUUCUCCUUUCACUCUAAUCAACUACAAGGGUAAACUAGGUGCGGCUCGCAUUACCGUUUCGAAUCUGAAACGUCAACUUGAGUUAUGGGUUCUUGAAGAUGCUAUGAAAUGUAAAUGGUACAAAAACAUCUACACAGUUCCUCCUCGGUUGCAAAAUUUCAGGUUAACUGUAGUUGGAAUGACUGGAAGUGGUGAAGUUGUGUUGUCGCCGCUCCGUUUCUCAGACCCAUUUUACAUAUAUUACUACAACCUCGAGAGGAACAGUUUCACUAAAUUUCGUAUUCAAGGUUUUGAACGUUGCGAGCCUACGGAAGUUUACACCUCUCUAGACUAUGCUGAGAAUUUGAAACUUAUGUAA